CUUAUCUGGCUGAGUUUGAGGCGGCGGGUGGCCAGAACAUUCGGUUCAUUACUUUGAAGACCAUGUACACGUCUGCUAUGGAUGGGGGACGCUAUGAGGAUGCUGCUAGGAUCUGGCUGGUGAACCAGCUUGGUGCCACCCUCUUUGCCAGCAAGAGUGGUGGUUACCACACUACUAUCUACUGGAUCGGGAUGCUUGAGGACCUCGGUCGCGUGUCGGAGUACGCGUGGAGUGCGAUUGCGCUGGCUUCGUUGUACGAACAGCUGAGUCGUGCUUCCCGCAGGAAGACAGCGCAGAUCGGUGGGUUCACCUCCCUCGUGCUGUCAUGGGCGUAUGAGUACAUAUCCAGCAGCGUCAUUAUCAGGACGGAGGUCCCCGGCUACACACAGGACCAGCCUAGGGCGCAGCGGUGGUCCACGUCUCGGAUCGCGCAUUCCGGACUCGAUGAGAGACGGGUCAUGCUCGAUGAGCUUACAGUGGAUGAUAUCACAUGGACCCCUUUUGAGGACCAUCGAGAUGUUCGACCGCGGGAUCCCAGGGCCCUCUAUUCCGGCUACAUCCGGACACCUUACGGCCGGUCUGUGAGCCUACAUCUACCAGAGCGGGUUAUGCGCCAGUUUGGCUUCAUACAGGACAUCCCUCGACACCCCUCUGAGAUCCAGACGACGGGGUCCCUUGCUGAGACCGCAGAUGCUGCCUAUGCUGAGUUUGAGCCGCACCUCCGCCCUCAGGGGAUACCUGCUACAUAUCCGGGAGAGGCGGUGGAGGGUUACAUGAGGUGGUAUAGCAGAGUGUCACAUGUGUUCAUCAUCCCUGAGGAUAGGAGGGAGGAGCUUAGUGCCGUGUCUGCCAUACGUAGGGGUGUGGAGUUGUUGGAGCAGUCCCUGGAGGUGCCAGGUGCUUAUGCUCCAGGGACACAGCCCCGGAUCCUCACGGAGAGGGCGCUCGAUCUCUUUCGACGGAGUUCCUUCGUUGGUACCCAGGGAGUUGCCUUUUCUGCUAUUCGAGGAGCCGCAGCUGCGGGAGGCAGAGCUCGUGGAGGCAGAGCUCGUGGAGGCAGACCCCGUGGAGGCGGAGCUCGUGGAGGCAGAGCUCGUGGAGAGGGUGAUCCUGGAGAGGGUGUUCGUGGAGGUCGAGCUCGUGGACCCAGAGGUCGCAGGGGGCGGGGUCGGGGAGAGUGAUUUUAUUACACUUGUUAUGUGGGAUCCAUUAUUAUGUAUAUGUUAGGACUUUUUAUGUUAUGUUAUGACUCUUUCCUCGUUUUAUUUGCAUGUGUUAUAUUUUUAGUCUUAA